UACGGGCAGUCUACUAUAGGUCGUUCUUGUGUAAAAUAACGCCAGGAAGGAAUUAGGCAAAUCGGAGAUAUCGGCAGUAGAUGCAGCUGCAAAUUAGGAAGUGUCAUUUGCGUUGUUCUUUUUUUUUGUUUUUAAUGCAAUGUGACCGAGGCUCAGCAGGCUAGCCCUAUGCACGCUACGUGUGGCUUACGCGCUAGUAACAGUAUCCCGGUCUCGUUAGCUAGCUACGAUUCAAUUUGCAAGCUAGUCCGCUUGGCGUCAAAUCCGUAAGGGCAGAGUGAGGUGCCGAAGAAGUAUCAACAGACAAUAACGCGAGGCGCUAUUUGCUUGCCGCACCUGCCUGGUAAAGUUAAGGGAUUUGACAUACUGCAGUGGCUGGCGUGUCAUUUUUUUUUUUUACCAGUCAUACAUGGCAGGCUUUGCACUCGUUAACAAGGACUAGACUGUUGCAUUUUAUUCAUCUUUUUCCUUGUCUUUAUUGAAUGGACAGUACCGUUUUGCUGUAUUUAUAUUUAGUCUACUAGAUGUGGAUUGCUGCUUUGGCAGGACUGGUUUACGCCGCCUGAUGGUAACAUUCGUGCGCGGCGUACCGCACCAUGGGGGUGUAAAAGAUUAAAUCGGAAUUUCUUAGUGACAAAAAGCUCAUAUAAUGUGUGCUCGCAUACAAAGGGGCUUCCGUCUCGUAGAAAUCGGUUAGUGGCGUUGACCAUUACGGUAGGCCGUGUCGAUGUAAGCAUCGUGUAUGGGGCUGUGUAUGAACGGACGUCGGGGAAAUUAUCAUUUGCGUGGAAAGGGAUGAACAAUCAGGGCUCCGAGUCACAAUAAGCGGCGUAAUUUACUGAAUUUACAGUGUGAUUUUCCGGUAUCUAACAUUUAGUAGGUGUUAGGUAGGAGUCAAGUAGCUGUCAUUUUCGCCGUCGUCUUACAGAUUAUUUAAGUAAAUAUGGUUGGUUUCGGUGCGAAUCGGAGAGGGGGCCGGCUCCCGUCUUUGAUCCUGGUUGCACUCAUGGUGGUCAUCCUCAUCCUGUCGUUCAACUACUGGGCCGUGUCCAGCAAGCACGGCCGUCUGCUGGACGAGCUGGCCGAAGUGCAGACGCAGGUGAAGCGCACGGAUGCUGCACGCAGUCGCUUGGAGAAGCGCAACUCUGAGCUGAUGGCGCAGGUGGACACGCAUCGGAAGCAGAUCGACCAGAGGGAGGUGGACGUUGGCGCGCUGGAAGGCAAACUGCAGACCCGCGACGCGCAGGUCAAGAAGUGCGCCGACGAAAAGAUGAAGCUCCAGAAUGAUGGUACAAUUCAGGCUACAGAGAUGCAGAGGCUGAGAGAUCAGUUGAGGGACCUGCAGCAGGAGUUCCAGAAGCAAGAGGAGCAGUUGCAUGAGACGAAAAGGAACAGCACGCAGCUGGAGAAGAGGUUGGAGUACGAGAGUUUCCAGUGUGGCCGCCAAAUCGCCCAGCUGAAGGAGGAAUACGAGGAGAGGAUAAAGAUCCUGGAGCAGGAGGCUGCAAAGCUGAGACGGAACCUGCUGCAGAAUCAUGAAACGGGGAAGCUUUCGGCCCGGGAGGAUGAGGGGGCGGCCACCGGAAACCGGCACGAGGAGGCAGAGAUGAAAGGCGACAUGGCCAAACCUGGCAGCGACGCUGGCAUGCCCGGCAUCGAGGACAGUGAAGUUGGAAAGGCAGACAAUUUGGAUUUUGCCCCAAAGAAGCCAGCCAUCACCCAGAAGCACAUCCCCGUGAGCGAGGUGGGGGCCGAUGUGGGGGAGGGGGCCGAGCCCGCCCAGGAUGUAUCCCAGGAACGUCACGACCACCCGGGUGACAACGCGCUGGACCUGGCGGGUUUGGAGCAGCACAGCCCUGGAAACGAAGGCGCUGGCCUCCAGCCUCUGCAGGCCGUGGCUGACCAGCCGGUCGUGUUCGACCAGGAUAACAAGGCGUCCGUCCGCGCAGAUGAGCUGGGGGAGCACCACGGGCAGAUCAAGGCUCCUGACGACGUGCAGGGCGAUGGCCGGGAUCUGAGGGGAGCCUGGCACGCUCUGCCCCCCAAUGCUGUUCAGGCAAUGCCCAAUCCCAUGGACCCGCAGCUGCAGGGCAGGGAGUCCCCUCCAGCGGAGCCCGUCCGCCACCGCCAGAGUCGCUUCUUUGAUGAGAAUGAAUCGCCAGCAGACCCGCAGCACGGAUCCAAGCUGGCUGACUACAAUGGGGACGACGGCAACGUGGGCGAGUAUGAGGCGGACAAGCAGGCCGAGCUGGCCUACAAUGAGGAAGAGGAUGGUGAUGGCGGGGAGGAAGAUGUCCAAGAUGACGAGGACCGCGAACUGCAGGGAGACCGCAUCGUCGGCUACGGGAAGCGGCACCAAGGCGCGGACAUCCUGUAGACCACCAGGAGAUGAGAACUUCAGUAGGAUCACGCAUCGAGAAGGACAGAAUGUUCAGUGAUUCGCUGGUGCCUAAGCUGGCAGCCUGCUAAUGGUGGGGUGGGGGGGGGGGGUUUCACUGAAUAGUUCUUUUUAACCCCCCAACCACACACACACACACACACACACACACACACACACCCUUUAUAAGUGGCAUUCAGGUCAGGGCAUUGGAAGACUUAAGGACACAAAAUGAACUGGACAGUUGUUUGCAUAGGAAGCCUUUAAAUCCUAAACUCGUUACAUUUUGACAACAUAAUGCAUUUCCUUAUGUGCCACAGAGCGAUGCAUAUGCACACAUGUAAGGAUAAAGUAUAUAAAUAUUAUUCUGAAGAAUCUACUCUGUUGUGAAAUGAAAGUUGUGUAUAAAUGAGAACGUGUCCCCAGCAGCUAAUGCAGACUGCCCAUAGAGUCCUUUAUGUGUAUAAAUGAGAACGUGUCCCCAGCAGCUAAUGCAGACUGCCCAUAGAGUCCUUUAUGUGUAUAAAUGAGAACGUGUCCCCAGCAGCUAAUGCAGACUGCCCAUAGAGUCCUUUAUGUAGUCAGCGACAGCCCACCUAUACGUGGGAAACUGGACUUUCCCUUGCUCCGUACGCCCCGGUUGCCGCUGCCUGCCUUCGCUGGACCCCAUAGCACCUACGGACUCGGUCAUGUUCGUACUCCACCAGGACAUGGAUUUUCCCUGGGAUGUAUCUACUUGUGCUCCCCCCCUGUUUCCCUGAUGAACGGUUGUUUCCAGCUAAAACAGCUUUCCCCCUUGGCGAUGUGUAAGGACUAAACAGGCUGAGUUACUGAGUGCCUGUGCUCUGGAAAAACUGCUAUUACGGCUGUUCACCCAGGAGGCUUCGCAAACUUGAGCCGGAACCAGCGGAGCCAAGGACAUUUCUCAUGUCUACUGCCCCCCCCCCCCCAUGAUUUUGUUUUUAUUAUGAUUUUUUUUUUACUUAUGUAAUGGUCCGUGAGGCACAUUGCCUCUAGCAAGGUAGUUGCUGCAUGCAUUGAAAUUGUAAACUUUGAUAGCAGCCCCCAGAAUUGCGUAACACUGCAGCAUUUGCAUACUCCGACAUACAGGUAGGGGCUCUGAACUUUUGCACAUCUGGAGUUUAAACACUCCAGCUGUUAAAGUUUUUAUUUCUAUGUUCAUGUACAUAGAUUAGGAUUUUUUUUUUAAACUGAUCUCUUGGGGAGGCUUUGUUCUUCCUCACUAUUUAAGCAAUUUGCUUAAAACACAGGAGUAGAAUAUUUUAGAUUUUGUGCAGAUUUUAAAUGAAAUGAGCGAAUCAGCAUAUUUAAUGUACCCUGUUUUAAAGGAUGAUUUAAGAACAAUACAAAAAUUAAGGUGAAUUGGAUAUAAAACAUGCUUAAUUGUCUGAUUUAACAUAGGACACUUUGAUGCCCAGUAAAAAUGCAGUAGUAAUGUGCAUGAGGGUUUUUCUGUUAACUGUAGCCUCUGGUUCUUUGCAUUGAGUGCCCAGAUACCCCCCCCCCCCUUGAAAAGUUACCUGCGAUGACUGUUAGUCACCAUAAUAUGAAUCAUAAUAAAAAUAUAACCCUGAAUACAAUGUAAUCUUAAUUUAUUAAAGGAGGUAAUUUGGUUUGCUUUGAGUCGAAUUUCAUGAGCCUGGUUUUGAAUUGUUUACAAAAAAAGAUUUACAACAGAAAUAAUUUUCUAAACGUAAUCAACAGGUGUAAUGCAAUCAGCCCAGUGUUUUAAAAUUACUGUUCAGAGGUUUUGGAAACAAAGUAAGUAUUUGUUACCAGAAGUGUCUGAGAAAAGAACCUUAACAUUUUCUAUGGUUUCUAAGGUGGGGGCUAGUCAGGUAUUGGGCACAGUUGGAUGCAGUCUGGCAUUUAAGCAUGAGAGAGGCUAUCAAGUUAGUCCUAUUUGUAUUUGUGGAGCAACGAAUUAAACCAAAAAAGAAUUUCAAAUGUUA